CGUUGGCUUCCGUCCCUCGACGACAUCGGCGAGCCAUGGCGAAGAUCUCGCCUUUCACCGCCGUUGGGAUUCCUCUUCCCUUCGUAGUGCUCCUCCCAUUCUUCUUCUUCUCCGCCUCCCCCUAUGCGGGCGGCGAAUCCACCACGAUCGGCGACCUCCUCCGGGACCAUGGCCUCCCGGUCGGGCUCCUCCCCAAGGCCGUCUAUUCCUUCGCCCACGACCCUUCCUCCGGCCUCCUCGAGGUGCGGAUAGGACGCCUCUGUUACGUGAGGUACGGGGACGGGCUUUCGUUCUUCGAUCGCGAGGUGCGUGGCAACCUUAGCUACGGCGCGAUCCGGGGGGUCGAGGGGUGGUCGCAGGAGGAGCUCUUCUUAUGGCUCCCCGUCAAGGGGAUCGUCGUCUCCGAUCCGGAAUCGGGCGUCAUUCUCUUCGACAUCGGCCUCGCUCGCAAGCGCCUGCCUAUCUCCUCGUUCGAGGACCCGCCGGAUUGCCUCCCCGGAGGGGAGGAAGGGGAAGCGGCGGACGACAUAGAACUCUUUGGCAAUGGCAGGAAAGGCUUUGGGCAGCAGAGAUAGUUAUUAAUGAGCAGCGAUCCAAAACAAUUUUCCAGAUCUUCCUCAUCAUCCUUGUUCAUGUCAUCUCUCCAUGUAAUGAAACUCAUGGCAUGUUCUAAAUGGGAAGUGUCUUAUGAUUACUUAGCUUGUACUGUAUUAACUUCUUUGUUUUUGUCUCAUAUUUGCACAUAGGCCAAACAUAAUAAGAGAAACUUCAGUGGU